AUGGCCUCUGUUUUCACUUACGAUCCGGACCCCCCUAGGGUGUCUUCCCCUUGGUCUACCUCAGGAUCUUCAACCCCCCAAGUGGUUAUAGUUGGCAAUCGAAACACGGCCGCUCGCACCCGCUCCAGCACUAGCUUGUAUAGUGCAGGGCAUGAUUUCCUUUCUGAUUAUGGGAUCUCUAAGCUGGAGCCAGAACCGCAAGAAGGUCCCACAGAGUACAAAUUACAUCUUCUCUUGCGCCCUCGGCGUCCCUAUACUUCUAUUUCUACGGGCCACCUUGUGGGUGGGUCUUAUCAUUCCCGUGCAAGCUUGUCUACAUCCGGCCCCGCAGCCGCAGCAUCCUCAACUGAGGAGCCGAGCUUGAGAUUGCCUCAGAGCCGCUCCAUAGAUAGCCGCCAGCAACGCCUGCAGCAGUUGACAACUCAGCUACUAUGGCGCUUGCAGCAAUCGUCGCCAUUCCAUUCUUCUACGACGGCCAACCUAGUGCUUCCAGUUCUACCGGAAGCAACGCCCAGACUGGGCGCGACUUCAAAACCGUCACGCCUUCUUCCUGGCCUUGAGGAAAGCCAAGGUGCUCUCUACGAAAUUGGGGUUGCGGAUGACGGGACAUUUGUAGGGCUUAUUCAUGACGAACUAGAGGAGAGUUUGUCCAAUCUACAAGCCAUGGCUGCCAGUUUGGGUUGCAAAGUUGAACUUCUCCGCAGAGUAGUCGUCGGCAAUUGCGAAUGGGUCGAGGAUCAAGGAUCCGAAGAAUUAAAUCCGGGUAAAGUGCAUACUGAGAACCUCUGGGUUGCGGAGGCGCUGGUAAGCCCAGACUGGGACUACUAUCGUGCAGAGCCAUGUGUGACCGAACCACUUGAGAAGCUGUCCAAAUCGGACCUCGCUCCAAAUCCAAUGUCGGAAGGGUACGUUUCUAGCACUAGUCAGAUCAGAGUAUCUAUUGCAGGGCCAAAUACUGUUGGCAAAUCCUCCCUUCUUGGUACAUUAACGUCAUCUGUCUUGGACAAUGGGAGGGGAACGAGCAGAUUGGGCCUAUUAAAACACAGGCACGAAAUCUCAUCCGGUGUAACGAGCUCUGUUGCGCACGAGCUUAUAGGAUACACUCCAACGCCAUCCACAGACGGCUUUGAUGUGGUCAACUAUGCCUCAGGGAACGUUGCAGCCUGGGACGAUAUUCACGCCGCCUCCAAGGGCGGUCGUCUAGCGUUUGUCUCCGACCUCCCCGGCUCAGUGCGAUACUUGAAAUCUACAUUACGGGGACUUGUCAGCUGGGCUCCUCACUUCGUGUUCCUCUGCAUUGCUGCCAUUUGUGAGGAAGAGGUUUCUUCAAGGCCAGGCCCCGAUUCUGCAGAACAAGCGAUGGACAUCAAUCUAGCUUUAUCGUAUCUGGAGCUCUGCAUAAAACUGGGCAUCCCGGUUGUUGUGGUUAUUACGAAGAUGGACCUCGCGUCCCGAGGUGGCCUGAGGAAUAUUCUCGCCAAAGUGUUAUCUGCAUUGAAGGUCUCCGGCAAGAAGCCAGCCAUGCUCCCUGUCCAAUCCAAUUCAGUUGAGGAGGGCGUAGACCUACAGCAUAUCAACUCGGCAGAAGCGGAAGAAGUGAGGAAACUCAUAGCCGCAACGCAUGAUUGGACUGCAACAGUGCCUAUUGUACUCACGAGUGCUGUUGAUGGCUCAGGCAUAGACAAGCUUCAUGCCCUUCUUCGGAAUCUACCUAUUCCUUCCAGGCCACCCGUAAGGUACAUCAGCAUGCCGAAGUCAUUGCCAGCUCCCCAACACCCAUCGAAUGUCUUCGACGUCGACGAAGUUUUUGCAAUUCCUCCCUCAAAGGUCUAUUCAGAACAACGUCAACAGAACCCCGGUGUGGUCCUCUGUGGUUUGGUCCGUUACGGCUCUAUUUCCGUUGGUGAUGAGCUAGUCAUCGGGCCUGUCACAAUCAACACUGCGCUGGAAAACGGAAAUUGUCCAGGGGCUCAAAGGCUUGGUUCAGACCGCCAUUUUUCGCAACAUGGCUCUUACAGAAGUCGGCCACCGUCCGGAGAAUUCUCAUCCUCAUUCCUCCAGAGCUCAUACACAGGAAAGUCUGCUUCAACUGUCCAAGCACUUUGGCAGCAUGUUCGAGUUGUUAGCGUCCGCAAUCUUCGACUUUCAGUCCAGAAGUUGACCGAAGACCAAGUAGGCACCAUUGGAAUCGAGCCUCUAUGCGCCACCCCUUCCGAGCAACCUCCGCGCCUAGGCAAGAUUCGAAAAGGUGCGAUUCUAGCCAGUGAGCCAUUGUCUUCUGGCACUUGUCCGUUGUUGCCCAUUACCGGGUUCGUAGCUAGUUUCUCGUCCAGCGAAUUCUCAUCUUCCUUGUCUCCCCCAGUUUUGCUGGGUGGCAAUGCAAUAGCGUAUAUUGCGAACGUUCGAACAACAGUGAAACUGACCUGUUUGGCCCUUGCUGGUGAUGAAAUCAUAUCCUCGCCCCCAUCACCUACAGAAUUGGAGUUUUUCAGCUUUGACGCAGACUCGCCAAGCAAGCCGAAUGUGAAUAAGGUGGUCAGCUCCUCUGACACCACAAUGCAUGGUACUAUCGAUAUAACGUUCUCGUUUGUUGUCUCAACUGAAUGGGUUGAAGUGGGAUCUAAGGUAUUUAUAAUGCCGGGGGCAUCAGCUGCGUUGGCUUCUGCAGAAGGCUCUAGCUCACCUUCGGGCUUGGAAGGAUUCGUUGGUCAUGUUCGCGAAGUAAUUUACGCUGAGGAAGGUGGAAUCUGAUAGUUUUUGAAAUAUAGUACCGUUCUAUAUUGCUGGU